AUGUCAGUAAAGAAGUUACCGCUACAAGGAUAUCAGAGUUUCAUUGCUAAUGUGAUUGAUACUAGAACCAAGGAGAAAGGGUUAGAAGAUAUUCCCAUAGUCAGAGAGUUCCCAGAUGUCUUUCCUGUAGAGUUGACAGCCUUACGAGCUUUAGAUAUCAGGUUGUCUAUGGAUGGAGAUUGUGUAUUGUGUGUAGAAUUGAAGCUUAGGCCAACCUUGUUGGAUCGAAUUAAAGAAUUGCAGAAUAAAGAUGAAAAGUUAUUGAGAAUAUUAAAACAAUUAAAGAAUGAAGAAAAUAAAGAUUUUGAGAUUAAGUCUGUUGAGAAUCUGUGCUAUCAUGAAGGACUGGUGAUUCCAAAUGAUGAGGAAUUGAAGAAUGAGUUGUUGAUAGAAGCUCGUUAUAGUUCAUUGACGCUGCACUCGGGUGGAAACAAGAUGUAUAUGAAUCUCAAAAGAUUGUUGCAACCAAUAUACAUUCCUCAAUGGAAUUGGGAGAAUGUGAUGAUGGAUUUUGUGAUAGGGUUACCCAUCACUCCAAAUAAAAGAGAUUCGAUUUGGGUGAUAGUUGAUCGACUGACAAAGUUAGCGCAUUUCAUUCCAGUACGAGUUGAUUUCUCCAUUGAUGAGUAUGUUGAACUGUACAUCAAGGAAAUUAUCCGAUUACAUGGUGUGUCUGUUUCGAUUGUUUCUGAAUGA